UAUUGGGCUUAAGAGUGGUGGGCUGAAGUGAAGGAAAGGUUGUCGGGGCCCGCACCCUGGCGGGUGAUCAAAGUGGAUCAUCAUUCAUCGCAUCGUCUCUCUGUCUCUAACGGUAAGUAUUCCACGAGUCCUCGUUGGCUUCAGUUUGUACGGGAAUCGAUGGGUGUCGGAGGAAAGUUCUGGGAUUUUCUAAAACCCUACGCGCGACACGAAGGGCUUGAUUCCCUCAGAGAUAAACGCGUUGCGGUUGAUCUUUCCUUCUGGAUCGUCCAGCAUGCCACCGCCGUUAAGGGUUUUGUCCGCAAGCCUCAUCUCAGGCUCACUUUCUUCCGUACCAUCAACCUUUUCUCCAAGUUUGGAGCGUACCCAGUCUUUGUGGUCGAUGGAACACCUUCGCCCUUGAAAUCUCCGGCAAGAAUAGCACGAUUUUUCCGGUGUUCUGGAAUCGAUGUUCCCAACUUGCCUGUGAUUGUAGAGGGUGUCUCGGUUGAGAGAAAUAAGGUGUUUUCAGAAUGUGUGAGGGAGUGUGUGGAACUACUUGAACUGCUUGGCAUGCCGGUAAUACAAGCCAAAGGCGAGGCUGAAGCCCUCUGUGCACAGCUAAACAGUGAUGGACAUGUUGAUGCUUGCAUCACUCCUGACAGUGAUGCCUUCCUCUUUGGGGCUAAAUGUGUGAUCAAAUCCAUCAAGCCUAACUCAAGGGAGCCUUUCGAGUGCUAUCAUAUGUCAGAUAUCGAAGCUGGCCUUGGUCUGAAGCGGAAACACUUCAUAGCCAUUUCUCUCUUGGUUGGAAACGACUAUGAUUUGUGUGGUGUUCAAGGGAUUGGUGUCGAUACGGCAGUGUGCUUUGUCCGGGAUUUCUGUGAAAACGAGAUACUUGAAAGGCUACAUGACAUCGGAAAGGGGUUAAAACCUUCACUCCACAGUGAGAUUAAAUCUGUAGAUGGGGAUGAAGCUCAAUUGGAUGGAAGAUCGCAAAUGAAACGAUCUUCUCACUGCUCCUACUGUGGGCAUCCUGGUAACAAGAGAACUCAUCUUAAGUUUUCUUGUGAGGACUGCAGUUGUAGUAGCGGUUGCAUUAAAAAACCAUCAUGGUUUAGAUGUGGAUGUUCCUUCUGUUGUGAGGAUCGUAAUGUGAAAGAGCUUAAGAAGAUUGAGAAUUUGUGGAUAAAAGUCUGUGAUAAGAUUACCCUAGGGCCAAAAUUCCCCAACGACCAGAUUAUUGAACUUUAUCUAUGUGGUAAUUCCAGGGACUUAGCAGAGGAUGGCUGUUCGAUAUCAUUUGGAACUCCCAAUACUGAAAUGGUAGUGGAUUUCUUGGUUUUCAAACUCCGGUGGGAGCCGUCUUAUGUUCGAAAAAUGAUGCUACCGAUGUUGUCGACACUGUAUCUGAGAGAAAGGGCAAGAAACCCCUCAAAGCCACUGCUAUAUGACCAGUAUGAAUUUCAUUCUAUCCAGUGCAUAAAAACUAGAUAUGGACAUCAGUCGUUUGUGGUGAGGUGGAGGAAAAAUGUAUCUACUACGCCUGGUAGUAUUAUGAUUGAUUGUCAGCCUGAAGAAACAAAGGUAUUGCAAGACAGUGUGAUUGGCGAUGAAGAGCCUAAUGAUCCAUUGGAUGGCUUAACUGAACCUCAGGUUCAUGAUGAUGGUGGUGACUGCUUUUUGUUAACGGAUGAAUGCAUAGGACUCGUUCAAUAUGCUUUCCCAGAUGAAGCUGAUUGUUUUUUGCGUGAGAAGGAAUUACAAGAAUCAAAACGUAAAUCUGUCCCGAGCUUGAAAUCAGAAUUGCGAUCACCAAGAUCAAUUGGUGUCCAACAGAGUAUUACUGACUUUUACCGCUCAAAAAAAGCACAAUCUCAUGCAAAUCCAGGAGAGGGCUCUAACCAUUCAGCUGAAAGGGUGCCAAAUGGAAAGAGGAGUCAGUCAAGUUCAAACCUUUCGAAGUCUGUAAGACGUCGUCUUUUAUUUGGCUAGGUCAUUGUUGAUUCUGGACACCUACAAAUUUGUAGUUGCGUAAAGCUUUCUGCCUAGUCUCAAGUUAUAUUGAAUUCGAGCACCUAAGUAGUUUUUUUUUUUUUUGUGAAGUGGUAGCCAAGAAGUAUAUGUAAUUAAUUUUGGGUACAAGUUAUUGCAUAAAUAUAAUGCCUAACUCUCUAUCA